AUGCCCCUCGAAGUCUUCCUUCCACCCGAUCACUUUGGAAAUGUGCACAUGCUACUCUCAAAAGACUGGAACGGAGUGAACAACGGAGUCUUCUUCAUCCGCGUCCACGAAUGGUCCGUGAACCUACUAUCCGCCGCAAUCGCCUACCCAAUCGUCCAUCCAGACAUCGAACUAUUUUGGCCCGACCAAUCGGCCUUAAGUAACCUACUGAAUGAGAACCAAAUAUUUGCCCGAUCUGUUGUAUACUGUCCACUGCGAUGGUUCAACGCCUAUAUGCGAUCAGAAGAUGGGAGGUCACAGAAUGAGGACUCGCCUGCGCAUUUCCAAGUUCACCCUGGAGAUUUGCUGGUUCAUUUCCCCGGCACUCCGCGCGAACAUCUCAACCACACUCUAUCGCCCUAUCUUCAAAUCGCACAGUUGCAUGAAGCCGAGUGGGAACCUACGCUGGACAAGACGGAUUAUGUCCAAGAGACUAGCAAGUUCUGGGGAACAAUGCAUCGGCAACCUUAUGUACCAAAGCCGAAGUCGAAGCCGACACCCAAACCCAAGGCUGAGGUGGUCCAAGAGCCGGAGGUAGACUUAGACCCAGAAGAGGAUGAGCAAGAAAUUUAG